UAAUGCCAUUCGGCCUCACGAAUGCCCCGCGCCAUCUUCCAAGCGGCAAUGACAACGGAGUUUCGCGACAUGUUGGACCGGUUCGUGCUCAUCUACCUCGAUGACAUCCUGGUGUAUAGCCGAACUUUGGACGAGCACAUCGUGCAUCUACGUGCUGUUCUGGACAGGCUACGUACCGCCAAGUACAAGGCCAACCGAGCCAAGUGCGAAUUUGCACAGCAAGAGCUCGAGUACUUGGGCCACUUUGUGAUGCCGCAAGGCAUCAGUCCGCUUGCGGACAAGAUCAAGGCCAUUCAGGAUUGGCCAGAACCGACCAACACCACGGAGGUUCGCUCUUUUAUGGGAUUGGCCGGCGACUGCAACACUCGUUUCAUGUCAGCAUUUUGGACCUCUCCCAUGAAAGAGUUCGGCACCGAGAUGAAACCAAGUUCGGCUCGGCAUCCUCAAACAGACGGGCAGACGGAGUGGGCACAUCAAACCGCUCAGGUAAUGCUUCGCACCCUCAUCCGUACGGAUCAGAAGGAUUGGGUGGACCGCCUCCCCGACAUCGAAUUCGCCUACAACACUUUGGUGCACCCGGCGAUCGGCGUGACUCCGUUCGAGUUACACCACCGUGGCCGGAAAGGCCACAUCUUCGCUGAUCUUCCUUUUCCAAGGACUGCCGACAUUGUCGCCGCUUGUUCGCCCGCCUCCGUUCGGAAGUAUAGGGAAUUGCUGGCUAAAGCCCGCGCCAACAUGCAAAAGGCUCAAGUCCGCAUGCAACAGCAAGCUAACAGGCGUCGUGUGCCAUGCCCCAUCCGCGUCGGCGACCUUGUUUGGGUCUCCACGGAAGAGUUUGCACUCGAGCAGGAUGUAUCCCGCAAGCUACUUCCAAAGUGGUUUGGACCAUGGCCCGUCACAUCAGCCGUGGGUGAUGAGCCCGAUGGCCCUUCAUUUGUGAUCGAAAUCCCGUCGCACCUCACGGUGCACCCGGUUUUUCACGCCUCCAAGCUGGCCACAUAUACACCAGCCAAGAGCGACGACGUCCCGGGACGACGAUCACAUGACCCUCCUUCCAUGGAUGGUCAUCAGGACGUCGACCGCGUCAUCACGCAUCGCAAGCACGACAACAAGCCUAUCACGAUCACAUCUCCCUUGACUGAUCUAACUCGACUUGAUACGCCAUGGGACUGGACCGACGAGUGCGAGCCAACUUUCAAGCGUUUGAAGCAUGCACUCACACUUCAUGAAGUUCUCAUGGUACCAGACCCACAGAGGCCAUUUGUUGCAAGCCAAUAUGGCAUUGGUGCAGUAAUGGCUCAGCAGGAAGGGAAAAAGUUGAGACUGGUCGAGUAUAUGAGCAACAGGGUGCCAUCAAAGAAGUUGGCAAAGUCCACCUACGAGAGGGAACUCUACGCUCUCUACAAGGCACUUGUCCACUGGAGGCAUUAUGUGUUAAGAAGGUUCUUUUACUUGAGAUAUGACCAUCAGACACUCAACUGGAUCAAGACCCAACCAAUUCUCUCCGAUGCACUCAAACGCUGGAUUGAAGUCAUAGAUCAGUAUGACUUCAAACUAGACUAUGUGAAGGGAGAGUACAACAAGGUUGCAGAUGCGUUGUCUUGUAGGGCAGAUUACCUAGGUGCACCGAUUUCUGAGUUUGGCUUGCCUGAGGAUGUUACUCGAUCUUUGGGGGAAGCCUACAAGGAAGAUCCCAUCACGAUGUACAUCAUCAACAAACUGCAGGCCAAAGACAAGGCCACCACUGAUGAGUUUAUAAUGGUGGAUGGGUUACUCUUUCUUGAAAGGGCAGGGUUUAUGAGUGAGAUGUGGAAGAAGGCCACAAAACAGAUGGGCAGCGAACUUCAGAUGACUUCUGGGAAUCAUCCUGAAGCAAAUGGGCAGGCGGAACAGAUGAACCGUGUGGUGCAGCAUCUGCUGAAGCAUUACAUCAAGCCCAACCAGGAUGACCGGGAUGAGAAACUACCUCUCAUCGCCAGUCUGUACAGCUCUAGAAGCAGGAAGGGUGUUGAGGCAGCCCCGAAGGGAAUCAGUGCUCUGUGUUAGGAAACGAUAAUGCCACAGUCCCAACAAUGCUUGUGCUGAGACGAUGUAACUAAGGGACGCUGGACCCGGUUUCCAGCAGGUGAAGCUCCCCACCAAUAGAUGGAGCAGCCCGACCGACAAGGCCUCAAUUCUGGCGGUUCUCCUACCACCGCCGRGAUAGAGGCCUUGCACAACGGGCCUCCAAAACAACAACAACAACAACAACAAUGUUGUACAUAGCAACACCGACGUCAGUCCUAAUCAACUACAUCUGUGAUGGAAGCCUAGAUCUGCGCGAGACUUCCUCCUGCCUGAAAACCGAACUGCUGCAACUCCUGGAACCAUUGAAUUUGGUGUCCAGUAUGAGAAAUUGUUGAAGCAGACUGUCGAACACAUCAAGAAAUCUCAGGAAGCCAUGAUUGCUUCUGAGAACAAACGUUGCCGACAGUC